AUGGCCAAAGAUGAAAACGUAGAAGACAUGUUCUCGAGAUUUAGAAAAAUUGUUUGCGAACUCAAAUCUCUUGGAAUGGUAUACUCAAAUGGGCUACAAGGUAGAAAAAUCGUUAGGAGUCUUCCCAAAGCUUGGGAAACUAAAGCUGCUAUUCUUGAAGAUGGAGAUCUGCAGAAAAUGACACAAAGACCCCAACAAGAUUUUAAGAAUAAUGAAAGGAAUGAUGAUCGAUGCUACUAUUGUGGAAAACCAGGACAUUUCAAACAAAACUGUCCAGAACAGAGAAGGAGAAACAAUCGAAGAAAUGAAGAUCUAAAAAGUCUCGGAGCCUGGGAUCAAGGAGAAACAUCCGAAGAUGGUCAUGAUGAAAUUGCCAACAUAUGUUUCAUGGCACUAGGUAAAACAAGUGAGGUAAUAUCUUUUAACUGUCCUAACUGUAAUGACCUACAAGACUCUUUGGACAUGUUUACUGAUGAGUUACAGAAAGUAAUUGAUGAAUACAAUAAGAUUGCUCAAGAAAAGAAAGACUGGCAGAUUCUUCUCGAAGCAAGUCAGAUAGAAGUCGACAUACUAACAGAAGAACUAGAAGAAGUAAAAAUGCAGUUGGACAGUAUCAGAAAAUCUCCUAGUCAUAGCUCUGUCAGAUCUAACACAACUGCUUUCAACAGGAGAAGAUCUCCUAAUCAAAGUUCCAACAGAUCUAUAUCUAAUUCUCCUUAUCAUUCUGCUGAAAAUUCUGUUAAUUUCUCUUGUUAUACUUAUGGUGACAUUGGUCACAAAUCUUUUAACUGUAGGAAAUUUUCUUCUGGAAAAUGGAUUUGGAGAUCAAAAGUUGUUAACCUAACCCUCAAGGACCCAAAAAUACUUGGGUACCAAAAAGAAAUUAAUCUACUUGUUUUACAGGAGCAGACCAAAAGAGCUUACAAAAAGGGAAUGUGGGUAAUAAAUAGUGGAUGCUCCAGACAUAUGAUCAGAAAGAAAGAAAAUUUCAAAACUCUUUACAAAAAUGAUGGAGGAUAUGCACAGAUCAGAGAAAAUGCAAAAGGAGAAGUAGUAGGAGUUGGAUCAAUCACUCUUAGCUCAUAA